UUGGAAUCUGUGACAGCCAGAGGACCGUUUGACUCUGUGACAGCCAGAGGAUCGUUUGACUCUGUGACAGCCAGAGGACAGUUGGACUCUGUGACAGCCAGAGGACAGUUGGACUCUGUGACAGCCAGAGGACAGUUGGACUCUGUGACAGCCAGAGGACAGUUGGACUCUGUGACAGCCAGAGGACAGUUGGACUCUGUGACAGCCAGAGGACGGAUCGUCGAGGCAACUGAUACUCCAGAGGACCGUAACAACCCAGUUCUCCUCUACAACAAAAUGGAGCUGGGUGUUCUCAAUGCUAAUUUCAGCCUGGAGGUCGACACACAGGUGUUGAUGAUAAACCCCUCCUCUCAGGUGUUGAUGAUAACCCCAUCCUCUCAGAUGGUGAUGACAAACCCCUCCUCUCAGAUGGUGAUGAUGAUAAACCCCUCCUCUCAGGUGUUGAUGAUAAACCCCUCCUCUAAGAUGGUGAUGAUAAACCCCUCCUCUCAGAUGGUGAUGAUAAAUCCCUCCUGUCAGGUGAUGAUAAACCCCUACUCUCAGAUGGUGAUGAUAAACCCCUCCUCUCAGAUGGUGGUGAUGAUAAACCCCUCCUCUAAGAUGGUGAUGAUAAACCCCUCCUGUCAGGUGAUGAUACACCCCUCCUCUCAGGUGAUGAUAAACCCCUCCUCUCAGAUGGUGAUGACAAACCCCUCCUCUCAGAUGGUGAUGAUAAACCCCUCCUAUCAGAUGGUGAUGACGUACCCCUCCUCUCAGGUGUUGAUGAUAAACCCCUCCUCUCAGGUGUUGAUGAUAAACCCCUCCUCUAAGAUGGUGAUGAUGAACCCCUCCUCUCAGGUGUUGAUGAUAAACCCCUCCUCUCAGGUAAUGAUGAACCCCUCCUCUCAGGUGUUGAUGAUAAACCCCUCCUCUCAGGUGAUGAUAAACCCCUCCUCUCAGGUGAUGAUGAACCCCUCCUCUCAGGUGUUUGACUGGAGUUACUUCACCAGGACGAUCAUGGGGACGGUCGGCAUCACUGUGCCUGACACAGAGAAUGUUAUCAACUACGCACCUAACUACUUCAGACGGCUCAACCCUAUCCUAGCCAAGUACACUAAGAGAGUCCUGCAGAACUACAUGGUGUGGCGUUUCGUCAUGAACAUGGUGGUGGGUUUGAGCAGGCAGUACAGGGACACCAGGAAAGCCUUCCGCAAGGCGCUGUACGGUGCCACGUCGGAGGCGGCGGUGUGGCGGCAGUGUGUCAUCUACGUCAACAACAAUAUGGACAACGCUGUCGGAAGACUGUACGUAGAGGAGUCCUUCUCUGGGGAGAGCAAAGAACUGAUGGAAGAGAUGAUCUCUGUGAUACGGGAGGUAUUCAUCAGUAACUUAGACCACCUAAGAUGGAUGGAUGUAGAGACCAAGAAGGCUGCUGAGGAGAAGGCACAAGCUAUCCGUGAGCGGAUUGGCUACUCCGACGACAUCAAGAAUGACACUUACCUGAACAACGAGUAUAAAAAUUUGAGCUACAGUGCAGAGGAGUACUUUGAGAACAUCCUCCAGAACCUGGACUUCGUACAGAAGAAGCGUCUGAGGAAGCUACGGGUCAAAGUUAACAAGGAAGAAUGGGUGACAGGAGCCGCCGUUGUCAACGCCUUCUACUCCUCAAGCAAAAACCAAAUAGUGUUCCCAGCUGGCAUCCUCCAGCCUCCGUUCUUCGGUAAGGGCCAGACCAAGUCCCUGAACUUUGGCGGUAUCGGCAUGGUGAUCGGACAUGAGAUCACACACGGGUUCGAUGACAACGGUCGUAACUACGAUAAAGAUGGUGACCUGAAGGACUGGUGGACGCCAAGCUCCACCCAGAACUUUGUGAAUCUGUCCAAGUGCAUUGUGGACCAGUAUGGAAGCUUCUCCUGGGACCUGGCCAACGGACUGAAUCUCAAUGGGAAAAACACUCUGGGCGAGAACAUCGCAGACAACGGAGGCAUCCGUCAGUCCUACCAGGCAUACCUGAACUAUGUGGAGAAGAAUGGGAAUGAGCCUCUCCUGCCUGGAAUAAACCUCAACCAUCAACAACUCUUCUUUGUCAACUUCGCCCAGGUGUGGUGUGGAACACAUCGACCAGAACAAGCUGUCAACUCCAUCAAAGUAGAUGUACACAGUCCAGGGAAGUUCAGGGUUCUGGGGUCCCUCCAGAACUUCCCAGAGUUUGCCAAGGCCUUCAACUGUCCCAAGAACAGCUACAUGGUGCCUGGCCAGACUUGUCAAGUCUGGUGAUACUGUAGUCCUGACACUGGCCUUGCCCUGAGGCUGGUGGAGGGUGAGAGGUGGGCUUGUGUCCUCUUCCCCCUCAUCACCUCAUUUUCCCACCUGACUGUUAGAGCACUAUUCUGGGACAGGGAUAUAGUCGAUGUUCCCCAGUUCACUUCAGGGUGGGACCAGGACUGCUAAACUGAUCGUACAGAACAACCAGCUUCAAGGGACUACAGAGGGCUGUUCAUAUCCAGCUCCCAGGCUCUUCACCUGAUCACCCAGGUCACCGCUUUCCACUUAAUACAGUCACGCCAAUCACAAUAUAUAUAUAUUUUUUUUGGGGGGGGGGUUGAAAAUGUACUUUUCAAUUAAAUUUCUCCCUUUGUAUUUCAAUCAGGAUUCUUCUUUUUUGACAGACAGACAGACAGGCAGACAGACAGACAGACAGACAGACAGACACAGACAGACUUUUGAACCAUGUCCAUUAUUCUAAACUGUCACUUUGUUCGUCCAAAAUGUUAUUUGUUUUACACGAUAUAUAAACCAAAAUGUAUACAGUAUAUCAAUGUGUUCUAGAUGAGUAUACAUUGACAGUGAUCGACAGUCUCCCCUCUAUUGGGGGGAUUAUAUUUUAUGGUAUAUUUAAGAAAAUAACAUUUUAUUUGACUGACUAUACACCAAUGAGUAUAAUUAGAAUAGCAUAAAUGUUCUGUAUAUAAGGUCAAAAUAGCUUCAAAAUGGGUGCCAACUGUUUAUGUCUACAAGCAUUGAACCAAAAUGAAGUUGUUGCCUUGGGAAUCAGUUGGGUGACCUAUCUGGUCAGGAAUUGACAUAUACCAAACACAUUCAUCUUUUUAUUUUAAAGUAAGAAUGUGAGCUUAAUUUAAACUUCACCAUGUGUUCAGCAAAAGAGGCUGGUGAUGGGGAAUAUAGGAGGACGGGCUCAUUGUAAUGGCUGGACUGGAAUCAAUGGAAUGGUAUCAAACACAUGGAAACAAAGCGUUUGACUCCGUUCCAUUGACUCCGUUCCAUCGACUCCGUUCCAUCGACUCCGUUCCAUCGACUCCGUUCCAUCGACUCCGUUCCAUCGACUCCGUUCCAUUGACUCCGUUCCAUUGACUCCGUUCCAUCGACUCCGUUCCAUUGACUCCGUUCCAUCGACUCCGUUCCAUUGACUCCGUUCCAUUGACUCCGUUCCAUUGACUCCAUUCCAUUGACUCCGUUCCAGCCGUUACAAUGAGCCUGUCCUCCGAUAGAUCCCACCUCUUCUGGUGUUCUCUGUGCGUGUGGGUGUUUGUAUUUGUUUAUGUGUGUGUUGAUGUGUGUUUUUUGUCUGGGUGUGACCGCUACAUUUUUCAACAAGCUUAGGAAGCCUUACAUAACCCAUAGAGCUACUGCUGUUUUGUGUGUGUGGGGGGCAGAGGAAGUCUGGUUUGUAGUGAAACCACACCCACCCAACCACCCACCAGUGGAGGCUGAUGAGGGGAG